AUGUCACACAAACUAAACUUAAUUCCUAAUAACAGUAACAGAUCUGCUGAUGAGAAUAAUAGUGAAGACGAGUCACCGGACAGAGCACUAUCUUCGGGGAUAGGACCCUCGAUGCCUUCCUUCAAUGAGAACUCAAAGCUUGGAGCCGUUAGCGUCGCUGGUCCCAGCGGCUCUAUACCACAGCCAGGGGUCACUCUUCGAUACCGUUGCUGGACGAAGACGUUGAAGCGGAUGGAUCAAGUGACGAUCAAUGAAAAGCUCGUGUCGAGGAUGCCACUAUGUCAGGAGAGGCCGUAUAAGCAAUCAGCUUACAACCGUCAUUAUUUAUAA